AUGGCUCGCAAGUUUUUCGUCGGCGGCAACUUCAAGAUGAACGGGACUGUCUCGUCCAUCAAGGAGAUUGUCAAGAACCUCAACGAGGCCACUCUCGAUGCCGAAGUCGAGGUUGUCGUUUCUCCUCCCGCCCUAUACCUCCAGCUGGUGCGUGACACCAUCCGCUCGAGCAUCGAAGUUGCCGCCCAAAACGUCUUCGACAAGCCCUGCGGCGCCUACACCGGCGAAAUCUCUGUCUCCCAGCUCAAGGACAGCAACAUCAACUGGGCCAUCUUGGGUCACUCUGAGCGUCGCACUAUCCUCAAGGAGUCGGACGAGGUUGUUGCCUCCAAGACCAAAUAUGCCACUGAUAACGGCGUCAGCGUCAUCUGGUGCUGCGGCGAGAGCCUCGAGGAGCGUGAGGCCGGCAAGACCAUUGAGGUCGUGAGCAAGCAGCUCCAGGCUCUCAAGGCCCAGGUCAGCGACUGGUCCAAGAUUGUCAUUGCCUACGAGCCUAUCUGGGCUAUUGGUACUGGCAAGGUUGCUACCACUGAGCAGGCUCAGGAGGUUCACAAGGCUAUCCGUGACUGGCUCAAGAAGAAUGUCAGCGAUAAGGUUGCUGACGAGACUCGCAUCCUGUACGGUGGUAGUGUCAAUGAGAAGAACUGUGCUGAGCUGGGCAAGCAGCCUGAUAUUGACGGCUUCUUGGUCGGUGGUGCUUCUCUCAAGCCCGCUUUCGUGGACAUUAUCAAUUGCAAGACGCAGUGA